AGGAGCAUUGAUUGAGUGCUAAAGGGUUGCUGGGCAGGGCAUGGGGUGCUGGGGAUACAGUGACAAACAAAACAGGAUCAAGAGCGAGACAGGAAGUAGGAAGGGGAGAGUAGAGGAGGAGGCUCAGAGGAGAGGUGACAGGGGAGAGGUUGGAGCUGAAGAGACCUGCACGAUGCCCUCCCCUCCCCCGUGCUGCCCUUCGCCCUCCCAGUUCCUCCUGCCCAUGGUUCCUCUUUCCCGCUGACUCUGGGAGCCGGUCAGCCUGCAGAAAGCCAGGCCUCCUCUCUGGCGGAGCUGCAGGGUGCAGGGCUCAGCAUGCCUGCCCUGGCGCAGGCCCCUCGGUUGCUGCUGCUGCCUCUGCUGCUGCUGCUUCUCACUCUGCCAGCCACAGGCUCAGACCCCGUACUCUGCUUCACCCAGUAUGAGGAAUCCUCAGGCAAGUGCAAGGGCCUCCUGGGGGGAGGUGUUAGUGUGGAAGACUGCUGUCUCAACGCUGCCUAUGCCUUCCAGGAGCCCGGCAGGAAGCUCUGUCAGGCAUGCAGGUACCCACGAUGGUCACCGUGGUCUGCGUGGGCCCCCUGCUCAGUUACCUGUGCUGAGGGCUCCCAGCUGCGGCACCGGCGCUGCAUAGGCUGGGGCGGGCAGUGCUCUGAGAAGGUGGCACCUGGAACCCUCGAGUGGCAGCUGCAAGCCUGUGAGGAACAGCCAUGCUGUCCUGAGAUAGGUGGCUGGUCCGACUGGGGGCCCUGGGCGCCUUGCUCUGUUACCUGCUCCAAAGGGACCCGGACCCGUCGUCGAGCAUGUGAUCGCCCCAUCCCCAAGUGUGGGGGCCACUGCCCAGGAGAGGCACAGGAGUCAGUGAUCUGUGACACCCAUCAAGUCUGCCCCACACACGGGGCCUGGGCUGCUUGGGGCUCCUGGGGCCCCUGCUCGGGCUCCUGCCGCAGUGAAGCCAGCGCACCUAUGGAGAGACGAAGCCGCACGUGUUCUGCACCUGCGCCCUCCACGCAACCUCCCGGGAAGCCUUGCCCAGGGCCAGCCCACGAGCAGCGGGCCUGCGCCGGCCUGCCACCCUGCCCAGUGGCUGGUGGCUGGGGGCCAUGGAGCCCUGUGAGCCCCUGUUCUGUGACCUGUGGCCUGGGCCAGACCCAGGAACGACGGACAUGUGAUCGCCCUGUGCCCCAGCAUGGGGGCCCCUCCUGUGCCGGUGAUGCCAUCCGGACCCAUGUCUGCAACUCGGCCGUGCCCUGCCCUGUGAACGGAGAGUGGGGACCCUGGGGGGAGUGGAGCCCCUGUGUCCGCCGGAACAUGAAAUCCAUCAGCUGUGAGGAAAUCCCGGGCCAGCAGGCACGCUCAAGGAGCUGCAAGGGCCGCAAGUUUGAUGGCCAGCGAUGUGUCGGGGAACAACAGGAUAUCCGGCACUGCUACAACAUCCAGCGCUGCCUCUGGAAAGGCUCAUGGUCGGAGUGGAGUACCUGGGGGCUGUGCAUCCCCCCAUGUGGACCCAACCCCAUCCGCACCCGCCAGCGCCUCUGCACGGCCUCGCUCCCCAAGUUCGCGCCCACGAUUACCAUGGUCGAAGGUCAGGGUGAGAAGAACGUGACCUUCUGGGGGAAACCAUGGGCACAGUGUGAGAUGCUGCAGGGGCAGAAGUUGGUGGUGGAAGAGAAACGGCCAUGUCUACACGCGCCUGCCUGCAAAGACCCUGAGGAAUAAGAAGCUCUAACACCUCUCUUCCACUCUGACCCCCUGACCUCUCAGACCUCAAUAAACCAAUCUCUGCCCCAGGAA